GGCCGCUCCGCUGCUCCGGCCGCGCGUCCCGUGCGCGUCCGUCCGUCCGUCCUCCUGCCGCCCCGACCCCCACCCGGUUCCUUUGUGCGGCGCUCCCGGCCCGUCCCACCUCCAGGCCUUUCCCGUCGCCGCCGCCGGACUCUGCCCAGGGGAAUGGUCUGCGGGCCGAGGUUUUGGAGACAGGAAGUGAGGCGCGCGAGCCCCAUGAGCGCGCCGCGCCGCGGGCUGGCGUGCGGGCGCGGCUGCGGCUGCCGCGCGGCGGGACCCAGGGAGGCGGGCCGCUGAGCCGGGCGCGCGGCCCUGAGGAUGCGGGAGCGGGAGCAGCACUGGCGUGGAUGCUCUCUUCGCCCGGCCUUUGGGGACUCAGUUGCUUUUUGAUGGCGGCAGCCGCUGCUGGGUGAGCAGCCGGAGACUGUACGGUGCGCCUGCGGUCAGGUCAGGAGAGGAUCGCUUUCUCCCGCCAUCAACUGCCACCGGAUUGGGGCGGUGCUUUUCCCUCUUCAACCCCUCCACCCGCAAAGGGAGAAGAUGCCACUGCCAUUCGGGUUGAAACUAAAACGCACCCGGCGCUACACGGUGUCCAGCAAGAGCUGCCUGGUUGCCCGGAUCCAGCUGCUCAAUAACGAGUUUGUGGAGUUCACGCUGUCCGUGGAGAGCACUGGCCAGGAGAGCCUGGAGGCUGUGGCCCAAAGACUGGAGCUGCGGGAGAUCACUUACUUCAGUCUCUGGUACCACAACAAGCAAAAUCAGCGCCGUUGGGUAGAUUUGGAAAAGCCUCUCAAGAAGCAGCUGGAUAAAUAUGCACUGGAACCUACCGUCUAUUUUGGAGUGGUGUUUUACGUGCCUUCAGUUUCACAGCUGCAGCAGGAGAUUACCAGGUACCAGUAUUAUCUGCAGCUGAAGAAAGAUAUCUUGGAAGGAAACAUUCCUUGUACAUUAGAACAAGCAAUUCAGCUAGCCGGCUUAGCUGUUCAAGCCGAUUUCGGUGACUUUGAUCAAUAUGAAUCCCAGGACUUCCUUCAGAAAUUUGCCUUGUUUCCUGUGGGGUGGUUACAAGAUGAAAAAGUAUUGGAAGAAGCAACCCAAAAAGUGGCCUUACUGCAUCAGAAAUACAGAAGGCUCACGGCUCCUGAUGCUGAAAUGCUGUACAUGCAGGAGGUAGAGAGGAUGGACGGCUAUGGAGAAGAGAGCUACCCCGCAAAAGAUAGCCAAGGCAGUGACAUAUCCAUUGGAGCAUGUCUUGAAGGCAUCUUCGUGAAACACAAGAAUGGAAGGCCUCCUGUGAUAUUUAGGUGGCAUGAUAUUGCUCACAUGUCCCACAAUAAGUCCUUUUUUGCAUUAGAGCUGGCCAGUAAAGAGGAGACCAUCCAGUUUCAAACUGAAGACAUGGAAACCGCAAAAUACGUGUGGAGACUCUGUGUUGCGCGACACAAAUUCUACAGACUAAAUCAAUGCAGCCUGCAAACCCAGACUGUCACAGUGAACCCAAUUCGGAGGAGGUCGUCUUCAAGGGUGUCUCUGCCUAAGCCCCAGUCCUAUGUGAUGCCUCCCCAACCCCAGCUGCAUUAUAACGGACAUUAUACAGAACCAUACACUUCCUCCCAAGAUAACCUCUUUGCCACCAACCAGAAUGGAUACUAUUGCCACUCCCAGACGAGUCUGGAUCGAGCCCAGAUUGACCUCAGCGGUCGGAUCCGAAACGGCAGCGUAUACAGCGCGCACAGCACCAACUCCCUGAACAACCCUCAGCCCUACCUGCAGCCCUCCCCCAUGUCCUCCAACCCGAGCAUCACUGGGAGUGACGUCAUGAGGCCCGACUACGUGCCGUCACACCGCCACAGCGCCCUGAUCCCGCCGUCGUACCGCCCGACCCCGGAUUACGAGACGGUCAUGAAGCAGCUCAACCGGGGAAUGGUGCCCGCCGAAAGGCAGAGCCGCUCGCUGCGAAACCUCAACAUCGGCAACUCGUACGCCUACAGCCGGCCCGACGCGCUGGUCUACAGCCAGCCGGAGAUUCGGGAGCACGCGCACUUCGCCUCCCCGCAGUCGGCGCACUACCCGUUCAGCCUCAACUACAGUUUCCACAGCCCGUCCCCGUACCCGCACCUCGCCGAGCGGCGGCCCGUGGCGGGCGCCGUCAGCGUGCCCGAGCUGACCAACGUGCAGCUGCAGGCGCAGGACUACCCGGCCCCCAACAUCAUGCGCACGCAGGUGUACCGCCCGCCCCCGCCCUACCCGCCCCCGCGGCCGGCCAACAGCACCCCGGACCUGUCCCGCCACCCGUACAUCAGCAGCAGCAACCCCGACCUCAUCACCAGGCGCGUGCACCACUCGGUGCAGACGUUCCAGGAGGCCAGCCUGCCGGUGGCGCACUCCCUGCAGGAGGUCAGCGAGCCGCUCACGGCCGCCCGGCGCGCGCACCUGCACAAGAGGAACAGCAUCGAGGUGGCCGGGCUGGCGCACAGCCUCGAGGGCCUGCGGCUGAAGGAGCGCACGCUGUCCGCCUCGGCCGCCGACCCGCCGCCGCCGCGGCCCGUCUCCUCGGGCUCCCAGCCCGGCGGCUUCCCCGAGAGGGCCGAGCGGGACGAGGCGGACGAGCGGGGAGGCCUGGGCUAUGGCCACAAGAAGUCUCUCUCGGACGCCACCAUGCUGAUCCACAGCAGCGAGGACGAGGAGGACCCGGAGGAGGACGUGGCCACGCUGGAGGUGCCCCUGCUGCCGGCCCGCGGGCCCUGCGCCCCGGUCCCCGCCGCGCUGGGCCCGGGCCCCCUGCACGGCCGCGAGCCCGGGCCCCAUCUCGGGGAGGCCCUUCGACCCCGCAGAGAGGGGCUGCUCACGCCCUCCAUGUCCGAAUCUGAUCUCACCACGUCGGGGCGCUACCGAGCCAGGAGGGACUCCCUGAAGCAGCGGCCGGUGUCAGAUCUCCUCUCCGGAAAGAAGAACGUCGUGGAAGGCCUUCCGCCGCUAGGGGGAAUGAAAAAGAGCCGGGUAGAUGCAAAAAAAAUUGGUCCUCUCAAAUUGGCUGCCCUAAAUGGACUCUCCCUGUCUCGACUGCCUCUGCCGGAUGAAGGAAAGGAAGUGCCUGCCAGAGCCACCAAUGACGAGAGGUGUAAAAUUCUGGAACAGCGGUUAGAACAGGGAAUGGUAUUCACAGAAUAUGAAAAAAUUCUUAAAAAACGGCUAGUUGAUGGGGAGUGCUCAACAGCACGACUCCCUGAAAAUGCAGAAAGAAAUCGAUUCCAAGAUGUCCUUCCCUAUGACGAUGCCCGAGUGGAGCUGGUCCCAACUAAAGAAAACAAUACCGGCUACAUCAAUGCGUCUCAUAUUAAGGUCUCUGUCAGUGGAAUUGAGUGGGAUUAUAUCGCCACACAGGGACCAUUACAGAAUACCUGUCAGGAUUUCUGGCAGAUGGUGUGGGAACAGGGAAUUGCCAUUAUAGCCAUGGUGACUGCGGAAGAGGAGGGCGGAAGGGAGAAGAGCUUCAGGUAUUGGCCACGACUGGGCUCCAGGCACAACACCGUCACCUACGGGAGGUUUAAGAUCACAACCCGGUUCCGCACGGACUCUGGCUGCUACGCCACCACCGGCUUAAAGAUGAAGCACCUGCUCACGGGGCAGGAGAGGACAGUGUGGCAUCUCCAGUACACAGACUGGCCUGAGCACGGCUGUCCGGAGGACCUCAAGGGGUUUUUGUCAUACCUCGAAGAGAUCCAGUCUGUUCGACGCCAUACAAAUAGUACCAGUGAACCAAAAAGCCCCAACCCUCCCUUGCUGGUCCAUUGCAGCGCAGGAGUGGGAAGGACCGGCGUCGUCAUCUUGUCUGAGAUCAUGAUCGCCUGUCUGGAACACAACGAGGUGCUGGACAUCCCAAGGGUGCUGGACAUGCUGAGGCGACAGAGGAUGAUGAUGGUGCAGACCCUCUGCCAGUACACGUUCGUGUACCGAGUGCUCAUUCAGUUCCUGAAAAGCUCAAGGCUCAUAUGAGCUCCCACAGCUUGUCACGGGGACCGCCGGAUCAUGGGAAGCGUUUACAGCGAAAAGAAGUGCUUGCCUAACUCCUACUUCCUCCGGCACCCUGGGCCGCCAGAGGCCGUGUGAAUGGAUGACGGGCACUGAAGGCACUGUGCCGAGCAGGAGGCCAAAGUCGGGAGGCUUGGCCCGGGAAAGAUGCUGAGGGAGAAGGACUCGGUUCCCAGGGCCUCGCCCGGCUCCGGUCUGUCCCAUUUGCGGUACUUGCACACUUUGUGGAGGUUGUGUUUUCCAGACAAUUCUCUGUUUUACUGAAGCUAUGCUGGGCAACUCUGGCAAUCAUUAAGGCGCAUAGAUUUCUAUCUUAAACUAGUUUUUGAUAAUGGAAUUUUAUUUUAUAACUAAAGUAUUUGAACUUUCUAGGCGGAUGGUCCACAGGUGUGAUCGGUUCCUGUAUAAGUUUGUAUUUAAAACCAUGUUGCUGUUUCUCGUUACUUCUUAAAAACCUUGGGUACUUAACGGUUUAGUUACCAAACCCGAAACUACGAGAAGAAUCUAGAAGUGUUAUUUUCAAACAUAGAAAGCAUUUUUAUAUUCAGAAAAUUUCUUAUCCUAAAAAUUCUAUAUAUUUGUACCUUCUAUUUUUUCCAGACGAGAGUUCAUCUCAACUCAUUAAGAUACUGAAAUGAAUGAAGGCACAUGAUUGAACAUGUAAGAGAAUAAUCGGAUUCACCAUUUUAUUCAGUAUUAUUUGUAAACCCAAACGAGUUCGAUUUUUCAUUGGUUGAAAAUGAAUUGAAAAACCAUUGUAUCGGAUGGUUUUAAGCACUUUUUUUUAUUAAAAACAGAUCUGAGUUCUGACAUGUGCUGCUUUACAGAUGAAACAGUAACAGUGGACAUUACUCCAGAAGGAGUGUUUUGGAAGAGCUAAGGAAUAAGUGUAUGUAGGAUGGUUGGGGCAAGAGUGAGUUUGGCAUAAGUACAAGAUGCCUUUGGCCAAAGUACAGUAUUACCUAUACUGAGACUGUGAGGCUGGGGUGGAGAGAGGGGGGGCUUGGGAGGGUGGGGGCCGAGCCGCCCCCAGACGGUGGGUAUCCCCGGGAAAUUCAAGAGCCAUCCCUGUCAGUGACUCUUUCCUUGGAGUUUCUUAUACCUCAACUCCUUUUUUAAUAAAUAAAGUCAGGUUUCUGUGACCAUCAAAAGCCUUGAAGGGGCUUUCUUUUCUUUUGGUUGAAAGAAGGGAAGAGUUGCUAAUAGUUUCACCUCAUUUCCCAAAACUGUGCCCAUACUUGUGGGGCCACCCGGCAUUGCUGUGGUAUUCAGGAGGUGCUCGGGUUUUAGCUCCCCAGCCUCCUGACUUCACCCCUGAGGUCAGUUUUAGCUUCUUGGGCCCCCCUCCCCCCAGCCCCCAUCCUUUCCAGAUGCACCGAGUGCCGGUGGGCAGAACCAGGCUGAGUUAGAGACGGGAGGGUGUCGCCUUUGGUCCGGGCUAAGAUGGCCUUGUCACGGAGGGACUUGAGUAGGUCUGAGGACUGAUUGGAACAUUUACCUGAGGAACCAUCUCGUAUUUCCUUCUGAGGCUGCGUCUGUAAAAUGCACAGCUUCCACAAUGUCACAUGCAGGGUUCUGCCCCUACUUAGGAUCUCCUAGGGGUGGUUCCGAUUCCCCCGUUCACCCCUAAAGCAGCGUAACUCACUGUGGUGACCACGGAGUGUGUGUGGUCUCCUGGGAGGCAGGAUUUCCUUCAUACGGUGUGGAUCUGCCCAUCUCUUAAGUCACCCAGAAACCACCCACCAAAGAGGAAAAUUCACAAGAUACUAAUGAAAGCGAGAGGUGGAAGUGGACACAAGCGCUCACUUAGGGACAAAAUGUUCCUUUUAAACCGGAAGUUGUUUUAAGAGUCCUGUUUAAGUAACAGUAGACCCAAGUGUGAAUAUUGACAAAGAGCUCCCAGAAGAGCGGAAUAACAGUUUUUUAUGGUCAUGUUUCCCGUCUCCACACCAUGUAAAGGACAGGAACGUUUGCAGUGCUUUCUUUCUCCCGCGGUACGUUUUUUUCUAAAAUGCUUUUCUGUCAGGUUUACACAUUUUGAAGUGUCCCAAUGACAAGAACAUACUGUAAAACAAAAAUCUGAAGAGUAAUAUAUGGUAUAUUUGUCGUCCAGUUGUAAUAACUGUAAGAAAAUUACUUUUGAGGGCUGCGUCAUACCGUUUAAAUGUCACUCUUAAAACGUCGCAUGUUUGACAUAGCUUCUAAGAUCCAUGUAAUUUAUUGUCCCUUUUGAAUAAACUUUUCCAGUUAGUGAAUGUCAAAGUACUUCUGGAUAAAAAUAAAUCUACAUUACUGGACUUGGAAAUGAUGUGAUUUUCCAGAGUGAACUGUGUAACAGGGACACUUGGUAGGAUGUUGCCGUCUGCCCAGCCUCCGCGGUGCUUUAGUAUCUCAGUGUCUUUUAGUCCCUUGAGGUUCUACGUUUCGUGUCAAAAUUACCAAAAUGUACAUUUCCCCAAAAAGCAAGUUAUGAGCCGGUGUUUCCCAGAAGAUCAAUGUUGGCAUCUCUGGCAUCAGUCUUCCUGAUUAGUGGGGUCUUUAAAAAAGAUUUUUAUUUUUAAGUAAUCUCUACACCAACGUGGGGCUCAAACUUACGACCCCGAGACCAAGAGCCACACACUGCUCCCGACUGGACCAGCCAGGCGCCCCCUAGUCUCUUGAUGAAAUGUUCUCCCUGAGAGUUUUGAGCACAGAAAGUAUUCAUUUGGAAAGUUAAUUGUAGUCACGGUUAAUCACUUUUUUCCUGGAACACCUACUGUGAAAUACCUUGAAAGCCCUAGUAUUUAGCCUUUAAAACCCUUUGGCAGAAAUAAAACAGAAGGUGGACUUAGGCUUCCUUAGAAGCUCCCAGAAAGAGUAAGGUCUAAACAGAAACACAGAGGAGUGUCAGGCUGUAGGACCGAGUGAUGAGAGCAGCAGAGCAGAGCCAACUUUUUUUUGAAACUUUUUUUUUUUUUAUUUUAAUGUUUAUUUUUGAGAGACAGAGAGCGUGAGGGGGAGAGGGAUAGAGAGAGGGAGACACAGAAUCGGAAGCAGGCUCCAGGCUCCAAGUUGUGAGCACAGAGCCCGACGCGGGGCUCGAACUCAUGAACUGUGAGAUCAUGACCUGAGCUGAAGUCAGACGCUCAACCGACUGAGCCACCCAGGCGCCCCUAAAGCUUUUGUUGUCACAAGAAAACCGCUCCUUCAGAUGGGUUGACAUGUUAAUAUUCACAACAUUAAGAAAAUACAAAUGUACAUAUAUAACAUAUAUAAUAUAAAACUUUGUAUGUUUUAAAAUCUACAAUUGGAGGUCAGCUGUACCUUAGGAACAGGCUUGAGAUUUGCACGAACAAAUGGAAACAAGAAUUACUGUUUAUUGUAAAUCAUUUUUAAAAUCAGGCUUGUUAAAAAGUUUACUUAAUUCAAGUGAUCUCUACACCCAACAUGGGGCUCAAGCUCACAACCCUGAGAUCAAGAGUCACAUGCUCCUCUGAGCCAGCCAGGCAUCCCUAAAAUCAGAUUUUUAAAGGGAAUUCUUUGGUAUAUAAAUUUAGGGAACUUGUUUCCCAUCAGGAUUUCAUGUGGAAUAAGCUAAAACUAUCUUUUUCCAGUUUAAAGUCUAUUAAAAAUUAAAUUGGAGGGGGCUUUUUAUUGAGCUGAGGGAUAGACAUUUCAAAAAUAGAGGAAUAGGGACAUUAACAAUUUGCGUGGAAAAGGCAUUUCUCAAAAGAACAUGAGUUUUUCCAAUUCCUCUAGACGAGGGCUCUGUUCCAGUAUCUACAAUUAUAGAAAAACCAGGAAAAAUCAGAAAGUGCAGUUGCUUAAGGUGUGCACGCAUUGGAUAAAGGAUUCUCAGAAACAAUUGAACGGGUCCUUGGAUGGUUUAAGGUGGCAUCCUUUUCUGUAUAGUACAGGCAGUUCCCAAAUAAAAAUCGUGCUCUAAAAGUUCAGAUGUAUGUGUGUUGAAUUACUGAGAAAUAUAGUAAUAUUUCCCCCUUGUAAGCCAUAUUCCAAGUGGGUGUUAACUUUCUCGGCUUGUCCUCCCAAAGCUUGCUGAAACUGUCAGGGCUCUGAAAGGUGAACCGUGGUGGAGAAGCCAAGGGCCAUAAUCUGAGCUCUGAGGAGAGAGCAGUCUUCCUCCCUGCUGCACCCUGGUGGUGAGAUCGGAGAAGGAGUUCUCCGCCCCUCGGUGGGGACUGAGCCUCACUCAGCAAGCAGUUGUCAGCUGGAUCAGUGUUUGCUGAGAAAACUCCACAGAAGUGACUGUCCCAUCCGGUGUUACGGAAACUUGGAUGGCCCGUGAAGGGUAGGGAGCGGGACGGAAAGGGACGGAACGGGACGGAGCAGGGAUGCCCCCUGUGAAACCACCCGUGAGGCAGGGCAGGGGUGAAGGGGAGUGAAUUGGCAAUACACUCCCCUGCCUUUCCUGUCGCCCCUUAAAUGUCCUCCCUUUAUUGUCAUGGGAAGCAGAGGAUGGGCCAAGAGGGAAGUCCAAGGUCUGCAGCACCCAGCUCAGGAGGCAGCAGUUCCGAGGUUAAUAUUCCCACGCAAAGGGUAUACGUAACGUAGGGUCUGGCUACACGUCGUGUUUCCAAAUGACGCUGUGUAUUUGAGAAAUUAAAAGAGUUUUCAAAAAUCUAGGGUAAAGCUGGACUUUCAGUAUGUUGGCAGGUUAAGGGCCAGGAACCAUUUCCUUAUUUUAAAUUAUGCUUUAAUAUUAUAAAUAAGUACAAAUGGAUGACAAGAAAGGAAUAAUUGAACUUCUAGCUGCAGAACUGGCAGUACGGCUGUGAAUUUUUGAAAAUUACUAACUAGCUGUGUAAAUCUUUUGAUCGUUAUUCUUUGGCUUCCAUUAAACGACUUCGUGGUCUGUAUCGUAAAAAGACUUAAAAUCCCUAAAAGCCCUUGGCUCUAAAUCUGGAAUAUAGCGUAUCCUCCACUGGCUACAGCAGUACACGAUGUCACGCUGAUAAACGUGCAAUUUGCACUGAACUGGUUCGUUCUUCAGCUGUGCAAAAACCCCACUACCCUACGUAAGUUGUCAAAUGUGUAUACUAUGGACAUUUUAAGUGUGCAUGUGGAUCUUAAAUUCACACUCUAAAACCUCGUGGGAAAAAGUCGACAGUAUUCGCUCUUAGGAGCAAGCGUGUGACUGCCAGAGAAAUUCAGAAGGGUGGAUUAUCCGGUUUAACCAGAACAUGAAUCUGGCCUCAAUUUGGGUUAAUGAGGUUGAUGAGACUAGUACAGAAUUAAUGACAACUGGCUUUCCAUGUCAACCCGCUCGUUUGUCAGCUGAGCAAAUCUGAACAAAUGAAUGAGGGGUAUAAGCUCACUCAUUUUGCAGUAGAAAAAAUAGCACAGGUCGUAUGCUAUCACACUAUUGGAAAUCACUUCAAAUUAAUGGACCCCUGAACGAGACAAAGCUUUUUACUUAUUUUAUCAUGGUAUUUUUCAAAAUGUAAUUUGAUCUUAAAUAUCCUGAAAGGAUCUAAAGGUUUUGCAGUUUUACUGGAAUAAAAACCAGUGCAAAUACUGGUUCAGCCCAACAAAUAGCCUGAAAAACUAAAUAUUCUCCAGAGGUGACAAGCUUGGUCCAGACUGGAUUAAAAAAAUUUUUUUUAAUGUUUAUUUUUGACAGAGAGAGACAGAGCAUGAGUGGGGGAGGGGCAGAGAGAGAGGGAGACACAAUCCGAAACAGGCUCCAGGCUCUGAGCGGUCAGCACGGAGCCCGACGCGGGGCUCGAACUCACGGACCGAGAGAUCAUGACCUGAGCCGAAGACGGACACUUAACCGACUGAGCCACCCAGGCGCCCCUCAAGCCUUUUUAAAAGCUUGGAUACACACCUUACUCAAAAGAUUGUCACUGGGCCAUUGGAAUAUAUAUUUUUUACUGUAGUCUCAUGUAAUUUUUUACAUUUAUGAUAUAAAACAGAUUUUUAUCAGGCAAAUGUUAAAUAUUUUCCUAUGAAAAUGCCCGUGUUUAAUUCUAUUGUGCUUAAUUGAAGGAAAUAUUCUGAAUUAUAAAGGUACUGUUUGGCUCAGAUGAAGAAAUACACUGUAACAAGCCAGAAAUUUGUUGUAUAUUUCUGAGUUGUAUGAUCUGGUUAAAAACGGAAGCAAUCCAAACCCUACCCAUAGUAAAUUUAGCAGAGCAUAGUUUAAAAAUAAACAUCUAGAUAACACGUCUAUUUAAGUAAAAAUUCCAACAGACGUUAAUAUGGCUUUAACAGACCUAAUAAACCCAAAAUUUGGAGGAAAUUUAUAUGAAAUAACAUUUUCUUAGAAAGUUGCCCUCUAAUUCAAGCAAUGCACUGGGAAAUUGCACCUUUUUGACAUGUGAGUAUAAAGAGUUGCCUAGUAUUGUUUUCUGGUUUAAAAAGCAAUUUUAAGUGCUGUCUGAAGAUCAAUAAUGUAAAAACGUAUAAUCAGAAGAUCUUAAUUCUUCUAAACUCAUUGGUUUGUAAAAUUGUGUACAUUUAAUGGGCAAAAAGUUUGGAUGACUGUAAUAUAUGUGAAAUGAAUGUAUUAGUGUGUUUUUGCCAUAAAAAUAAAUAUUGAAGAUACAA